GGUGUGGUUCAAGAACCGUCGCGCCAAGUGGCGUAAGCGUGAGCGCAAUGCGAUGAAUGCGGCUGUUGCCGCCGCCGAUUUCAAAUCAGGCUUUGGCUCACAAUUCAUGCAACCAUUUGCUGAUGACUCACUCUACUCAUCAUAUCCCUACAAUAACUGGACCAAAGUACCCUCGCCGUUGGGCACGAAACCCUUCCCGUGGCCGGUCAAUCCGCUCGGCUCCAUGGUGACCACCAAUCAUCAUCAGAAUUCGGUGAAUUGCUUCAACACCGGCGCCAGCAGCGUUGCGGUCAGCAUGAAUAAUUCCAUGUUGCCGGGCACAAUGGGUUCCACGCUAACCAAUACCAAUGUCGGUGGCGCUCCAUGCCCCUACACUACGCCUGCCAAUCCGUACAUGUACCGCGCCGCCGCCGAACCGUGCAUGACGUCAAGCAUGUCAUCGAGUAUCGCCACACUACGCCUGAAGGCCAAACAGCACACCACCGGCUUUGCUAGUCCCUAUUCAGCACCAUCGCCGGUGUCGCGCUCCAAUUCGGCGGGUCUGUCGGCAUGUCAGUACACCGGCGUAACUGAUGUUGUUUGAGAAAACGCCCUCGGGGCAUUGCUUAAUCAACAUCAACAUCAUUUACAUCACUUCUCCGCUAGUAGUGGCGCCGGUGUUUCAUCUCACUCGCCAAAUAUUAACAACAAUUUACAUCAUUUACACAACAAUAAUAAUAACAACAAUAACUUGUUGAAUAACAACAACCUGCUGCUGGACCAUAAUGGUGAUCUGAGUGUGGGUGUAGGUGGUUUGGUGGGCAACCACAGUAGCCAUAGUAACAAAUCGCCGCUGGGACAUCAGCACAGUGAUAUGGGGGAUGGCAACGGUGGCAGAGGUGGCAAUGGUGGAAAUGGGGGUGGUGGUGGUGGCUCAAACAACGCUAUGCUAGGACAGAAUGUCAACAAUGA